AUGUCACUAACUCGCGAUCUUCAACAAAUAACCUUCUAUACUGGUCUCUUCCUACUUGUAUUCGGCAUAAUUGGAAAUGGAAUUAAUAUUCUAGUCUUUACUAAAGUGCGAAUUUAUCGAAUCAAUCCCUGUACAUUCUAUUUUCUCAUGGGUUCAAUUGACAAUCUCUUCUACGUUUGUCUUAAUCUUCCCAUUCGAAUUUUGACUGACAGUUAUGGAGUUGAUAUCUAUGGAGGUUCAGAUGUUUGGUGUAAAGUACGACAAUUUUGUCUACCAGUUCCUGCUCUUAUUUCCAUCGCCUUUUCAUGUCUGGCUACCAUUGAUCAAUUUUUCGUCACAUCAAAGAUUAAUAUCCUUCGAAAUUGUAGUCAAAUUAAAUGGGCACAUCGAAUAUCGAUCAUUGUCGUCAUUUUCUUCUCUCUCUAUGGUACUCAUCUUUUCUUUGUUUAUGGAAUAUCACCUGGAAGUCAAACUUGUAAGAGUGAAGACCCAGCGAUUGCUGUUUACGUACCGAUUUAUUUACUUGGUAUUAUCUGCGCAAUACCUGUCGGGAUCAUGACACUAUUUGGACUAUUGACUUAUCGUAAUAUUCGCCAAACGAUACGUCUUGCUGAGUUACACUACGAUCGCCAAUUGAUACGCAUGACAUUGAUUCAUAUUGCACUCGUUGCUAUUAGUUUAGUGCCAUAUGGUGUUGCGAAAGCGUAUGCAUUAAUCACAUCUAAUGUUACGAAAGAUUCAGAUCGGCAAACGAAAGAAUAUUUUGCUACUACGAUUGUUACUUUAGAAACUUAUUUCUAUUAUGUGGGAAGUUGCUAUACAUUCUUAUUAACAUCGAAACGUUUCCGGCAAAAAGCCAAAGAACAAAUAUUCUGCUGUAAGCGAAGAAAUUUCAUUAGACCGUAUUGAUGCUUAUAAACAACUUUGUACAAAUCGUAUUUCCGCACUUUACUUCAGAUUGUAGUUCAAAAAUUUAUUUAACAAACUUCUAUCCUAUGAAAGCACAAUUCCAUAAAAGUCCGGAGAGUAAGAUCUUUCUGAAAAACAAAAUUAGACUUGUGGAUUGGGAUAUGAAUCACAUGAACGUGUGAACAAUCAAAUCAGAUAGAUUAACAAUAAAUCGAAAACGAGGACAAAUACCAUUUGAUCAAAUUCCGAUGUUUUUCGCAUGAAAUGAGACCGGCUCAUAAGUAGAUUCAAAAUCUACUAACAUCCGUUUUUAUGACAUUCUCGUAGCAUCGCACAAUAUCAAGAAAUUGAGAGAUAAUUGGUAGAAUCCUGGAAAGUUUUUGCUGAAAAGAUAUUAUCGAUAGUUUUCGGUAUUUACUAAUUCCAAUCAUAUCAAUAAAGCUCUUUAUCCUCGUUCAAAUAUUAUAUGUUCUCUUAUUUAAAUUGGUAGGGUUAUUUUUUCUACUAAAGAUAACUUGAUCUUACAAUCUUGUUUUCUCGACUUCAUAAGCACAAUGAUUCCAUAUUCAUUAGUUCUGGCGAAUUUAAUUUUAUUAUUCAAAAGAAGUAAUGCAUGGUACCAUGACGCAAAUAGUUCGUUACAAUUAUAUGUAGUUGAUUUCAUUCAAGUCGUCCACUUCCCAUGUAAAAUUUUUUUGGGUCUAAACACGUUUCGACUGCGUGCCAGAUGCGUCUAAAUCGAAAUAACUGGCCGUGUCCCUGGUGAAACAAAAUAGGGUGUCUAGACGCAGCUCAAAACUAACUGCGUCUGGAUGCGUUUACAUUAAAUUUCAAAAUUAGGCAAAAAAUCUUUCAGUUCAUCUCAGAUUCGAACUGAGUCGC